AUGGACGACGUUCGAUCGAGAUUACUCUUUCCACGAAACAGCUCUUAUCGCCGGCCAUUGACCUCUACUUUGGCUUCCGACCACUUCGAAGGCAUGUCGGUUCCUGGGGUGGUGAAUCUGAAAAAUCGGGACAUCCCCGUCAAACAAGUUAUUGUUUAUCCAGAUAGGGCCGAAGUCAAGAGAUCUAUUGAGGUGGAGUUACCAGUUGGAGAAGUGGUCAUUAAUGUGCAGGUGGGAAAAACUUUAAAAUAAUGUUUAGUUCAAAUUUAUGACUACAGUGCUUGUCUGCGGUCAUUGAGAAACAAUCGAUUCGAGUUGAGGGAGCUCAAGGGGCCAAGAUCAACGAAGUUCGGUUCGAGGAGACCCCUAAAACUGAAAGUAAUGAGCUGCAAGAAGAGGUAACAGGGCUUGUAGGACUUUUCAACUAUUAUUUAUUACAGUUGGCAUCUCUCGAAAAGGAAAAGGAAUCCUUUGAAGGUCAGCAUCAGACUUUGGUUGACCAGAUUCAUAUCAUAAACAAGAGAUUGGAAGUAUUAGAUGGAGUGGCCAGUCAAAUUGGCCAGAAUGUUCUAGUCAAUAACAACGAGGCAGACCCUCGAACAGCGUCUUCCUUUCUAUUAUGCAAUGAAGCGAUGAGCAAUUUAACCAACUUUUUGGAAUACUAUUCAACCUCGGCAGCAGAAUUGAAAAAAGAAUUAAGAGUAAAACAAAGUCAAAUAGAUGCACUCAAAUGUGAUAUUGAGCAAAUUGAAAGACACAUUGACCAGCUGAGAUCCCGUCUAGAAUACGACAAUAACAAACGGUAGUCAUAAUGGCAUUUCUAUAUUCUAUUAAAGCGAACUUUUAGAAGUCUCCGGAUUGACGUUGAAGUGGAGAACCAAGGACGGGCAGUCAUCUUCUUUACCUAUCAAGUGUAUUGUGCUGGAUGGAAGUCGGCCUACGAUGUGAGAGCGUCCACUUCGGCCGGUCUGCUCGACUCCACCGAAGAUGACAUUCCAAAUUCAGUCACUCUACAUUAUUAUGGGGUUAUUGAACAGAAGACUGAUGAGGAUUGGAAUGAUGUUGAAUUGAUCCUAAGCACGGCAACUCCAGCCUUUGCCGGUUCUAUUCCCUCUCUCCCAACGACCACAGUAGGUCUUCAACGUCAUUUGUAAGUACCGCUCUUUUUUGUUUCCGUUUUGUUUGCUUUUCUUUGCUAGGAAUACUGUAAUUCUUUUCUAAUCGUUGAUUUUAGACAUCGUUCCUUAAAUUACGGUAAUCUUCGACGUCCCUUAAGCGGAUCUGAAGAAGAUAUGGGCAUUGGAUCCUUUGAUUACAAUGAUUGUACGGACGCCAUGGCUUUGCAACGGCUUACAACAGCACGGUCCACUUCAGAACAUGAGAUUAAUCAGGUAUUUUAAUGCUUUAACAAUCCUUUGAAUGAGGUCUUCGUCCUUUUAUCAAAGAUGCAGUAUUUGCAUUAUGAUGAUUUUUAGAAAGAUCAAUUCCCCUGUGUCUGCAUCCCCAUCAAAGACCAUCAAUCCGUUCGAUCCGAUGGCUCUCCUUAUAAGGUCAUGAUCUUCCAAUUCGAAUUGAAGCCGGUGUUUGUCCACGAAAGUGUCCCUUCCAAAUCUCCCAAUGCGUUUUUAUCAGCUCUAAUUACAAAUACAACACCGGUUCCUUUCCUGGCAGGAUCUGCUUGUAUUUUUUUGAAUAACAGUUUCAUUUGUAAUGUAAGUGAUGUGAUUUGAUGAAAAAUAAUAUUAUUAUAGCACUCUCUACAUACAAUUAUGCCUGGGGAAGAGUUCAGAUGUGCAUUUGGUGUGGACCCGUCGGUUAAAGUGGAGUGCAAGACACCAACCAGAUCGAGCGAACAAGUAAGGCCUCAUUUUUAUUGCUUUAGUUAUAUUAAUUUGAUUUCUGUCAGCUGUCAUUGAUGUUAAAUCAUCUCAUAAUUCAGAUUGGAUUCGUUUCGAAGAGUAUGCUGAGUGUUCAUCAACAGACAAUCCUGAUCCGGAAUGCCAAAGUCUCGGAGAAAGUUCAGUUGGUGGUCAAAGAGCCAGUACCCAAGAGUUUGGAUGAGAAAAUCAAGGUACUAAGAUGAUGAUUAAUACUUAAUAAAUGAUUUCCGUUAGGUUUCGGUUAUCUCGCCCGAACUAAAGACCGGUCGGAGCGAAGCCCGGCUCUCCAAGGACAACCAAUUGGAAUGGUGCUGUCAUCUGGAGCCAGGCCAGUCCAAAGAACUCGUCCUGAAGACCAGUCUCGAGUUCCCGCUCAACGAUCAGCUGGUCUAUAACACGUUGUCCAGAUAA